AUGCGACUAUGGCACACGAAAGACAGACAGAGACACUUGAAUAAUUCGAUAAUAGAAUUGAAUGAUAACAGUGUUUUUCUGAGACUAUGGUACGCAAUGUUGAAUCAAAUAUUCAACACCCACGGACGACGGAUGUUAUACAAAAAAGAAAAAAAAAUUUUCAUUAAUGGUACUGUAUCGGCGGUCAUGAAUAAUGUCGCCGUAAACGUAUCUAAGUAUCAAAAGACAUUGCACGGUUUCGCUGUCAUUGACCGGCAAACAGUUCGCGUAAUGGGUACAGAAAAUUCAAUGGAUAGUGCAACCGAUGUUCCGCAGUAUUGCCUAGACACAAAGACGGACGUUACUCAAAUACAUUGGUGUACACUUGGUUAUAUAAAUUGUCGUGUCACUUGUUCAGAAGGUCUGAUUGUUUACGAUUGUGACCAACAGUUCAAACGUAUUUACUCACAUAACUGCGAGGAUAAAAACAUGAAAGAAAAAUACGCAAAAGGGAUAGCUACAUUUGAGUGUACUUACUUGUGUGUCGGCAAUAGUAACGGAUCAAUUAGAGUGUUCGGACCAGACGAAGAGGGACAAGUGGUGUUUUUGGAUAGAAAGUUGUUACACGGGGCUCCUAUAACAGACAUGUCGUCUCAUAAACAUAGCUUGGUUUCUUGUGAUGAGUCCGGUUGUACAGUACUAUCACAAAUUGAUUGUGGAGAAUUGAUGAUCAUUGCUCGAACUAAGGUUUUUGGGGGACAUCCAUGCACAACAACAGAAAUGACCAGAAUUGGAACAAUGGCUGUAGGUUAUGGAUGCGGAACAAUUCGUAUAUUUGAUCCAUCAGUAAAACUUGUAGAAGGAGAUGCAGAAGAUCAGCUUCCAAUGGUAAUUCAAAUGUCUGCUCACGCUAGAUGUGUUACAUCCAUGUCAGCGGCAAGAGACUCUGAUCUGUUAUUGAGUGUAUCUGAAGACUCGUGGAUCAGAGUUUGGAAAAUUAAUUCUAUGACAGUUACAUUGUUGUACUGCUACAUGAGAGAAGAUACUAUGUUUAUGGGAUGUCAAUUCAUGACAAGAAAUGGAUCAAAAUUUUGUACUACAGCAUACGAUUCACCCUACAUUACAUGCUAUACAUUAAACCAGUUGUAGGAUAUGUAACUUUAUUUAAAAAAUAAACAAAUUAAAUUAAAUGUGGUAAAAAAUUUGAAUUUAAAACAAGACAUUGUAUUUAUACUGUAUAAGUGGAUGGCUUAAAUAAUAAUAAAAAAAAAUGACAUCAGAUA